CCCAGAUCAGGAACAGUCACCAAGGAUCUUGUUUAGUGAAACUAAACAUUUCUUUUCCUAAAUAUUAGAUUAACAAUAGCAGAAUGCAGCUGUCUCUGGGAGUGAAGUAUUCCAAGGGAAGAAUGCAGAGCAUUUUGUCACAUGGCUAGCUUUUGAGAAGCUUGAAUUAUUGCAAAUAGAUAAAUGAGGCGGAUGCAGAUAGAAAAGAAAGGAUCAUGCGUUAUGGUGUUGACACAACUUUGCAUCAUGAAGCGCUAAUUUGCAAGGAUGGGGACUGCUGGAAUUUGGUAGAUCCACCAGGAGCAAUGAUGAACCCAAAGAAGACAUCUGUGCCCACCUAAAAAAACUUAGCAAUCAAAUAGCUCAGAGUAGUGAUUUUCCUCGGAGAGAGAUCUGUGCACCUCCACCUUCACAUCCACAAGUUCUUUGAUGGAUGUCUAAGGUUGGCCUACCGGCCCAAGUACACUGAUUUCAAUCGGCCACUUGGUGGAUCCAUGAGAUCUCAAUUCCAUGAUCCCUGAUAUCCUUUCCCAUACUAGCUACAAUGAUCUGGAUACUUGGCGGUUCCGGGAGGAGAAGCUCACCAACUGUGCUGCCAAUGCAGGCCCAAUGGCUUUCAAUGCUGGUGUCCAAGAGCUGGAGCUGACUGUUGAGAUAUAUAUAUCCGCAACAUGGCUCGGCGGCUGCUCAAGGAGGAGCAGGAGAUGGUUGAGGUGGUGAGAUAUAUUUCUGAAGAAGGAAUUGGAGCAGGGGACUUUGGUGGUGUGCCGGCAUCGGACACUCCGAUCAAGGAGCUGGAGGUGGUGAAGUAUGAUGGUGUUGUAGGUGAGUUUCAAGAGAAUGAGUGCUCGAUAUGCUUGGAGGAGUUUGAGUUCGAGAUGGAAGUGAUUCAAUUGCCUUGCAAGCAUAUCUUCCAUGGUGGCUGCCUCACUCAGUGGCUGGAGAACAGUCAUCUUUGCCCUCUCUGCCGUUAUGAGUUGUGCUUUUAGUGCAAGUGUAAUAGGAAGGUGCUGGUCUAAAUUUUCUGUCAUUUUGUUGUUUUGUUCAAAAGGUUGGAUGUUUUGUCUGUUAGAUGUGGCUGGACUUGGAUUUUGAUUACAGGAUAGCUUUUAUGUCUCAAGUUCAUAAAAAUAU